GCUUCUUAGCCAAGGAGGCCAGACGGAGACGCUCAGGCUUCCACAGGUCAGACUAAUACUUUGGCGCUCCAGACUCAUUACAUUCCUGUCAAAACCUCAUGCAGCAGGAAGACUAUUUAAUAACAAGCAUCACCUGGCUUUUUGUUUUGUUUUUGGUAGAGGAUUCUGUUUGUCAGUCGCUCACAGAGGAGAUCAUUGCCUCAUGGCACUCAAGGAGAGAAGGUGUUGACUCUUUAGCAGAGGCGCUACUGAAGGGGGGCCAGAAUGCCGGAGCAGAGCAACGACUACCGCGUGGUGGUGUUCGGGGCAGGGGGAGUCGGGAAGAGCUCCUUGGUGUUGCGCUUCGUCAAGGGCACCUUUAGGGACACGUACAUUCCCACCGUGGAGGACACGUACCGCCAGGUGAUCAGCUGUGACAAGAGCGUGUGCACGCUGCAGAUCACCGACACCACCGGGAGCCACCAGUUCCCCGCCAUGCAGCGCUUGUCCAUCUCCAAAGGCCACGCCUUCAUCCUGGUCUACUCCAUCACGAGCAAGCAGUCCCUGGAGGAGCUCAAGCCCAUCUACCAACAGGUCCUGGCCAUCAAGGGCAACGUGGAGGCCAUCCCCAUCAUGCUGGUGGGCAACAAGAGCGACGAGACCCUGCGCGAGGUGGAGACCAAGGACGGCGAGGCCCAGGCCAACCAGUGGAAGUGCGCCUUCAUGGAGACGUCGGCCAAGACCAACCACAACGUCACCGAGCUCUUCCAGGAGCUCCUCAACCUGGACAAGAAGCGCAACAUGAGCCUCAACAUCGACGGCAAGCGCUCAGGGAAGCAGUCGCGCGCCGAGAGACUGAAGGGCAAGUGCAGCGUCAUGUAAGCGGCCGGCCGGACGAGGGGGGAAGCGGAAGAAGGAAGACCGAACGGGAAUCAUUCACAUCCUCCCCCAAACAUGACUCGGCGGCGGAGGCGAGGCUGGUUGCCGUGGCGACGUAAAAUUCGGGAUGCAAGCAGGAAGGACUUGCCGGGCGGGGGCGGGGGAAAAAGACCACAGACUCGCCUCGCUCUCCUCCUUGGCGUUCCUUUUGGGAAAUACCGCCCUCUUCCCGACCACACCUCUUUUAUCAUACCCGGGCGUCAAAGAGUUGCUUUGUCCUAAGAGGCUUGAGAGCAUGAACGCCACACGGCACGCAUCGGAAAGGAAGCUCCCCGAGGAUGUAAAUAAAACAACUCAUCCCGACUAAAAAACAAAGCGCCCCAUCCUCAUCGCGUUACACCACAAACAACAAAGAUCCUCUCCACACAUUCAUCACUCGCCACCAAAAGUGGUAAAACACACACACACACGCACUAACACACACCACACAACGCAACAAUCCUUUUAAAGACUCUGAAAGCCACAUUUGGGGGUGGGGGGAGAGAGAUCCUCUGGCCUUUGCUUGUUUGUUUAAGUGGACGAUCCACUCUUAGGAUUAUUAUUGCCCAGCCGGUGAGACUCAAGCGAUGAUUUCUGGUUGUGAGCUGGAAGAAUGUUUGAUUGCCUUGUUUUUGACGCUUUUUGGGUUCAUGUAAAGCAGCGGUGACCAAUUCGCAGCGGUGGUCGAUACAUACAACACACGUGCAUCUCAAUAAAUAAGAACAUAUU